UUUUCCAACAUACAAAAAAGGAAAUAUUUGGAGAAAAGGAUAAUAAGAUUGGCGGAAGUUAGAAGGAUCCGAAUCCCCAAAUGAUUCCAAUUUUGGAUCGGGUUUCUCAAAAUCCCCGCUAUAUUCAAACCCGUUUACUCUGGUCCUUCCACUUCUUACUCAAAAAUCACUGAAUCAUUUUCACUUCUCUCCGAAGCUCAUCAUCAUCAACAGAUUCAUCUUGGACCUGCCUGUUAAUUAGAAAAGUUAUUUCAUCCCUUAUCGAAUGAAAACGAUGCAUAGCAGUAGGAUUGUUGUCCAGGCAUUGCCUGCCCCUGGGACUCCUGACUAUUGGGACACUAAGAAGAGUAAGGGUGGUACUAAACUGAGAAAGCUGAACAGCAAAGCUGAUUUUAGCAGAGGGCAUUGUAACAAUGAUGUUGAUGACGUCAUUCCCCGGCAGUCAAAAAGAAUAAGAAACAAGCAAAAUAGGAGGAUGAAUUGUGUGUGUUUUGGUAUUAAUAAAAUUGACCAUGUGGUAGGAGCUCCAGCUAGGACCAUGAGUCAAGAAAAAAAUUCACAUAAAUGGUCUUCUGACAAUAUAAAAUCAAGUACACAAGUAAGAAGUUGCAUUGCAGACUUGAGCGCAUGGAAGGUAAAGAAAAAAAGAAGCAUUUUGAACAGCAAGUCCAAUUCCUUGGAAAAUGAUGUAAUUGCUUGUGAACUGUACAGUGCUGCUUCUGUACCAGGGAAGAAUCAUUUAGAUAAAGUUAGAAGUUCGGAGAUGGGAGUUAACCCAUGCUAUGAAGGAGAUCUGGUGAUGCACAGUAGUGAGACAGGGACAUGUCUGCUUAAGAAUGCAUGUGAUGGGGUAGACGAAACUAGUAGGAAGAACCCCUCUAAGUCUAGUGGUACUGAUCAUGAUAUUGAAACUUGUAGCGAUAGGUGCAGUGACAUUUCUAAGGAUCACAUAUUUGUUACUUCAGAAUUGAAGUCUGUCUCUGAAGUUGAAAAUUGGAAUGAGCCAGUUCCUAAUGUAGACAAUAGUAUGACUACUGAAAGUUGUGAUUUUUUCAAUAAUGCUGCAAUUGAGAUGAGGGGUCUACAAAUAUACCCAAGACUAGAAGUGCUGAUAACUUAUUCCAGGAAAAGGAGAAAGAAUUCUAGUGCUUCUGCAAGCAGUUUACCAUCUAGCAUGACGGAUGCUACCCCCUCUUUUCCAAUUACAGAAAACAAAACAGCCACCACCAGCUCAGACCAUUGCCAAGUGUCCAUAUCAUACUCCAAUAAUUUGCCUGAAGAAGUCAUUGCCGGAGGUGGUACCCUGUUGAUGGGCAUGCAACCAAUGUUAUUAGAGAAGUCAGCAGGUGACGAUACAUGCAGUGAAACAUGGAAUAAAAAGGAAAUGAUUCAGGUUGAUAAUCAGAAAGAGAUCAUCAACAGUUCAAUGGCUUCUAUCGAGGAUGAGUCUCCAGUAGACUCCAAGGCAGAAAAUUAUGAGCAGGAGAAGAGAAAUGAGACAGAUGCCGCCAUAAAUGUGUCAUAUGAUAGUGAACUUGCUAAAGAGAGUUCACAUAAUGCAAUGCCAUGUGAUCUUAGGAUAUCUAAUGACACGUAUAGUAUUGUCUCAACCAAUGAACCCUUGAACGGGGAAAGACAAUCAGCAACUGAGGAUAGUCAUUCCCAGUCAAGAGGUAGGGGUUUUCUUAGUGGGAGGAGCCGAAUAACAAAUGUGGGUAUGAUCUCUCCAUUAGGGAGAGCACUUAAUGCACGUUCCAGUAAAAAGCUUCUCGUACUUGAUGUGAAUGGAUUACUUGCUGAUAUUGUUCCGCUUCGAUACGUCCCUUAUAGUUUGGAGGCGAAUAUCAUUGUAUCAGGGAAAGCAGUUUUUAAAAGGCCUUUUCAUGACGAUUUUCUGCAAUUCUGCUUCGAGAGAUUCCAUGUAGGUGUAUGGUCAUCAAGGAUCAAGAGAAAUAUGGAGUUGGUUCUUGAUUUUCUUUUGGGAGAUGCCAAACACAAGUUGCUCUUUUGUUGGGAUCAGUCCCACUGCACUGAUACAGGUUUUCCUGUUGUUGGGAUAAGGAGGAGCAAGCCUAUUAUAUUGAAGAAGCUAAAGAAGUUAUGGGAUAAGUGCGAACCAGAUCUUCCAUGGGAGAGGGGUGAAUAUGAUGAGUCAAACACGCUUCUAUUGGACGACUCUCCUCACAAAGCAUUGUGUAAUCCACCAAAUACAGCAAUAUUUCCAAAUUCAUACCACUACAUGGAUGAGAAAGAUGACAAAUUAGGGCCUGGCGGUGAUCUGCGUGUUUAUCUUGAAGGAUUGUCCAUGGCAGAAAAUGUUCAAAAGUAUGUAGAGAGUAAUCCAUACGGUCAACGACCUAUCACUGAAAAGAAUGCAUCUUGGCGUUACUAUCGCAAGGUUAUUGCAGCCGCUACGUAUUUACAAGAAAGUGGUGCUAACAAAUACUCUACUUAUAAAUGUCGAUACUGAUGGAAGACUUGAUUUCUGCAACGGGUGUCUUUUUGUAUUAUAUUUGGCUCAAUAGUUUUUGGAUAGGCAACAACAAGAGAACAUUUAGCAUUGCCUCGUGGGCGGCUUACUUUCAGCCGGCACAUCUACGAACAGAUUUUGUAUAUACUUACCUUAUCCUUAACCCAAACAUUAGUUAUUUCUGUCCAAGCUAAACUAUUUGGGCUAAGUUUUGUUGUAUACUAGCUAGUACUAAUCCCUGUGAAGAUGCAUUUUUGUUGUAUAUUAUACUUAUAGUAGUCCUUGUGUUUUUUGUUGUAUAUUAUACUUAGUAGUCCUUGUGACCAUGUAUUUCUGUUGUAAGCUUGUACUAGUCCUUGUGACCUUGCAGACUAAUCUGUUUUCUCUUGUAUGCAACAGUGGGUAAUAGAAAUAUCUUUACUGAUUUUUGU